AUGCGCAGUCCGGGUCAUAGCUCCCGGGACCCGGAUGUACUUUCUUUCCAACAGCGGUGUCCGAGCAGCAGCAACAACAUGGGCAAGUUCAUGAAGCCUGGGAAGGUGGUGAUGGUCCUGGCUGGACGUUAUGCCGGACGCAAAGCUGUCAUCGUCAAGAACAUUGACGACGGUACGACCGACCGGCCGUACAGCCACGCUCUGGUCGCAGGCAUCGACCGUUACCCUCGCAAAGUCACCACCACCAUGGGCAAGAAGAAGAUUGCAAAGCGGUCAAAGAUCAAGGCCUUUGUCAAGGUCUUCAACUACAACCACCUCAUGCCCACCAGAUACUCUGUGGACAUCCCUCUGGACAAAACCGUGGUCAACAAAGACGUGUUCCGGGACCCAGCGCUCAAGAGGAAAGCCCGACGAGAGGCCAAGGUCAAGUUUGAGGAGAGAUACAAGACCGGCAAAAAUAAGUGGUUUUUCCAGAAGCUCCGAUUCUAA